UUGACCAUUGUUGUGUAUUUCUGAAUCUCUAAGUAGCAAACUUGUAAAAACUGAUAAUGAAAAAGUGAGGUUAUGUUAUUAUUUUAUUAAUGUAUGCACGAAGCGGCUUUUCAAACUUUUGGCCACGUAUUUAGAUUAAUUACCUCGUAAAAAUGGUCAAAUUAGAAUCUAUGCAGCGGUAUGUAUCACCAGUCAACCCAGCUGUUUAUCCACACUUAACAGUGCUCCUCCUUGGAAUAGGAAUAUUUUUCACAGCAUGGUUCUUUGUCUACGAAGUUACAAGUGCAAAAGCAAAUAGAGAUUUACUGAAAGAACUUGUUGUAUCAUUAGUCGCCGCAAUAUUCUCAGGUUUUGGAAUCCUCUUCUUGCUAUUAUGGGUCGGAAUCUACGUUUAAUUAUACGCCGCAUCUGCAUGUAUGAGCCACCGUCAAUGUACCGAAAAGGAUGAGACUGAAUUAAAUUCGACUCUACAACCUCGGUAAUAUGAAGCACUUCAAGAUCAAUGGAGCCUCACAAGCUGAUCAGUCGAAGUAUGACCCAAUGCCUCAAUAUCACCAUUGGUGCUUCACCACAAUUUUUAUUAAAUAUAUUUACUUACUAAUUCCAGUUCUGUUCCUGUUAUUUAAGUUCACAUUUUUAUUUUCCGUCAGAUGUAAACACACUUUUUACAUGAUAAAGUAAUUUUUAAGUUCAAA